AUGGCCUCCGAUGCCGUCAACCACCCAAGUCCCGCCGGCUCCGUGGCUUCAUCGGUGACCCCCGGCCUGAAUUACAACAGUAAUAAGCGUAGUGCUCCGGACCACCCAAGUCCGGCUGGCCCCGGGAAUGCCGAAGCUCUUACUCCGGCCGGCGCCGGCACGUCGCCCGCUUCUCAACCACCCGGUGAUUCCAACAAGAAACGCCGCGUCGGUCCUGGCUCUAGGGGCGUCGCCAACCUGACGCCGGAGCAGCUGGCCAAGAAGCGCGCCAACGAACUCGCUGCCCUUGCCCACCCCUGUUCACUCACUGCAUACGGAGUACCAUCCUCGUACACAUCCAUCUUUCUCCACAACAUUGACUGGCUCCCCCUCGAUGACGACACGCCCGCCAACCGAAGCUCCCAUCGCCCCCGAUCAGACAGGGAAGCGCAGCGAGCCAUCCGCGAGCGCACAAAGAAUCAGAUCGAGACCCUGGAGCGCCGUAUCCAGGAGCUGACCUCCCAGCAGCCCUACCAGGAGCUGCAGGCCGUCCAGAGGGCCAAAGAAGCUGUCGAGGCUGAGAACGCGGACCUGAAGCGCCGCCUAGCCGCGUUCAUCGCCUCCAUCCAGCCUCUCAUCUCUGCUUCUGCACCGAGCCAGCCACCGCGGCCGCCGGCAGACCCGCACCCUGCCGUCUUCCCAUCCCCCAGCGGCAGCUACUCUCACGUUCACCAGCACAACGGACCCAUCUCCGCGCACAAUGCCUCGACGCCCAACAGCGCGGCAUCCCCAGCCUCCAUUGAUCCGACCGCCGGCUGGCAGACGACACCGAACGGCGGUGGUGGAGGUGACGUCUCGGACCUGUCUCCCCCGAACCACAUGUACGCCGCGAGCAAGAUGCUCGACCAGCAGCGUCAAGGACUCCGUCACGGCCUCGAUCUCGGCCCGGAGAGGCUGGGCCUGGACUUCCUCCUCGACCAGAACGCCCGCGUCGGCAAGAUCCAGAGCGGCGUCAACGGCGCCCAGGACACGCCGCACUACAAUCACGUCCCCAUGAAGCACGAUUGGACCGGCGUCGGUCCCGUCACCCACAGCCGGAGCCCCUCGCUCAGCGGACCGACCGUCCACACCCCGCGGUCACAAGUAGACUACCCUCAACAGCAGCAAGGGCAGCAACAACAACAACAACAUCAACAGCAGCAGCAAUCAUCCGCUCCCCCGGAAGCACGAGCCCUAGGCCACCACGCAGCUGAAGUGAAAAACUGCGGCCCAACCUGCCCCCUCGACAGCCUCCUCCUCGACUUCCUCCACGAGCGCCGCCAACGCGCCGCCGACGGCCUCUCAACCCACGAAAUCAUCGGCCCGCGCUACCCCUCCGUCCUCUCCCUCCUCAACCCCGCCAACAGCAAAUACUCCCACCCGCUCUCCAAAGUCUUCACCGACAUCCUCGCCACCUUCCCCGACCUCUCGGCUCUCCCGCAGCGCGUCGCCGUCCUCUACAUCAUGUUCCUCAUCAUGCGCUGGCAAAUCUCCCCCACCCAGGAGAACUACGACCGCCUGCCGGACUGGGCGCGCCCGCGGCCCUCGCAGCUGUUUACGGAGCAUCCGGCGUGGAUCGACCACGUGCCCUUCCCUGCCAUGCGCGAUAAGCUGUGUCGCGACUAUAACCCGCGCGAGUACCUCUUUGAUAAUUUCUUUGUGCCGUUUACGACGACGUUGAGUCUGAAUUGGCCGUAUGAGGAGACGGAUACGCUGUUGCAGGUGCCGGAUUCGGAUGAGGUGCUGAUUAACCCCGUCUUUGAGCGGCAUCUGCGGAGGCUGGAGAAUUGGACGCUCGGGCAGGCUUUUAACCAGACGUUUCCUAAGCUUAGGGAAACCUAUAAUUUGAAGGAGUGA